ACUCUGAACAAGUUUCACAUUUGAUGAACAGAAAUGGAAUAAUGAAUCCCUGAACAAAGUGGGGUCAAUAUUAAAAGUAACAAUCACUAUCUGGUGGAUUCCAGCUGCUUUAAGUAUUACAGUGCAUCUCAUCCUCAUGGACUGCACCAGAUUUGCGUUCCACCAAGGCAUUUGUAAGUUCUCGAUCACGUCUGGGGGACACACGGUUACAUGUAAUGUUCCACUGCAAGGACGAGCUGUCCUUCCUGUCUCCCUGUAGCACUGUCUCAGGCGUCUUACAUUACAGACAUUGCAGUUUAUUGCUCUGGCCACAUCUGCAGUCCUCAUGCCUCCCUGCAACAGGUCUAUGGCAUGUUCACACAGCUGACCUGAGGAAAAACCUGCAGACGUUUGUGGAGGAGAUUAACCAGCGUCGUCCUGACUUCAUUAAGAUGGUGCGUCACACCAAGCAGGAGGGUCUGAUCCGUUCCCGUGUGAGCGGCUGGAGGGCGGCCAGCGCGCCGGUCGUGGCUCUGUUUGAUGCCCAUGUGGAGUUUAAUGUAGGAUGGGCUGAACCCAUCCUGCACAGGAUCCAGGAGGACCGGCGGCGUGUCAUCUCGCCUUCUUUCGACAACAUCAAAUAUGACACGUUUGAAGUGGAGGAGUAUCCUCUCUCAGCGCACGGCUUCGACUGGGAGCUCUGGUGUCGCUACCUGAACCCUCCCAGAAGCUGGUGGAGUCAGAAGAACCACACAGCACCCAUCAGGAGUCCAGCUCUGAUUGGCUGCUUCGUGGUGGACCGGCGGUACUUUGAGGAGAUCGGACUGCUGGAUGAAGGCAUGGAGGUGUACGGAGGCGAGAAUGUAGAGCUGGGAAUCAGGGUAUGGCUGUGUGGGGGAAGUGUGGAGGUUCUCCCCUGUUCCAGAAUAGCUCACAUCGAGCGUGCCCACAAGCCGUACACCGACGACCUGGCAGCUCACGUGCGCAGGAACGCAUUCCGAGUGGCUGAAGUGUGGAUGGACGAGUUCAAGAACCACGUGUACAUGGCCUGGAACGUUCCACUGCAGAACUCAGGGAUCGAUAUUGGAGACAUCAGCAAGAGGAAGCUCCUGAGGGAGAGGCUGCAGUGUCGACCCUUCCGCUGGUUCAUGAAGAACAUUUACACUGAAAUGCGAACAUACACUGACACCAUUGCAUACGGAGAGCUGAAGAAUAGCUUGAGGCCGGAUCUGUGCGUGGAUCAGGGGCCAGACUCGGACAACAUCCCCAUCCUGUACCUCUGUCACGGCAUGACGCCUCAGAACGUGUACUACACCAGCUCGGGGCAGUUGCGUGUCGGUGUCUUGAGCCCAACCAUCGACGACAACGAUAACAAGUGCCUGGUGGAUGUGAACGGGCGUCCGCGCCUGCUGGAAUGCAGCUACGCUGGGAACAAGCACAUGAAGCACUCCUGGCUCUUCACUCAGGGAGGAUCCAUCCAGAACACCGAGUCACGGUACUGUCUCGAGCUCGUCCAGAGCAGCGGUGUGGAGGUCGGCUAUCAGCUCACCCUACAGACGUGCACAACUCAAACGUGGACAAUUACGAAUAUACUGACUGCCAAAGUUCUCUGAAGGCACCGACACCUGCGGGGCUGCACAUGGAGCUGAAUUUUUGACUAAGAAACUCUGCUUUUAUACCCAAAGGCUCAAUUUAGACACACGAAUCUUAUGUGCAGUGCAUAUCGGAUGAUUUAGACGUUAAACAAUAAAAGUCACCGGCUGUGAGGAGGCUAAUCAUUUGUUCAAACACACAAAUCCAGUCGGGAAAGAAGAUCAA